GGUGCACCCUGACAAGUGUUAGUCGGGUAGCCAAAAGUAAUGUUGUUUACUCCGUCAACAAGUCAAGGAUGUGUUCAGGGGAAAUGAACGUGCAUAGUAGCUGUUCGUAAUCCUGUGUAGUGCCAUCUUCAGCCGAAAUGGCCGCUGAACAAUCAGUAGAAUUGUUCGUCAGGAUAGCUGGUGUGUCAGGGUUUCUAGCUGUGGCUCUCGGUGCCUAUGGUUCUCAUGGUCUGAAGAAGAAAGUUGAUGACAAGACGUAUGAGGUUUUUCAGACAGCCAACAGAUAUCAUUUCAUACACACCCUUGCUCUUCUGGCUACACCUCUGACAAAACACCCAACAAUUGUUGGUUCUCUCUUAGUUCUCGGAAUGCUUGGAUUUUGUGGCACUUGUUACAUCUCUACAUUGUCUGGAUCAACCACUCUCUACAAGUUGACACCAUAUGGCGGCAUGACUCUCAUGGCUGGCUGGAUAGCUAUGGCUUUCUAAUUUCCGCUGAACAGCUUUGACCACUAAAUAACAUGGAAUGAUGCUAUAUGGAUGAUAGUUUCUGUGAGGGGAUUUGAUUUGUUUGUGAUAUUUCCUUUGGUCUUCAUCAAAAGGACAUUCAGAUUAGCUUUAAAGGAACAUGGAAAUAGAAGUGUUUUUAUAAAUUUUACUAAAAACCCUUGAAAUUGCAUCUUUGAGUUUUAAUUACCCUGAUUUUAAAUGUUUGUUUUGCAAUUUUAACCCAUAUUUUGAUGCUAUUUGGUUUUUAAGCUAAUGCUAUUUACAUAUUCAUGAGCAGAACUAUGAUGUCAUCCAAGGCACUGAAUCUCUAUGUUGCACUGAUUUGAGCACAGAA